AUGGCAGACGAUGGUGGUGCAGAUAAAGGAGAAUAUAUUGGAGAAGAAGUAGCUAAGGCAAUUGAUGAUGGGAUUAAUGCUGUAUUCCAAUUGAAAGAAGGGGAGAAUCCUCCAGCCACUCUAAUUUAUUCAAAAGAGAAGGUUAUUAGUUGGAGUAAUCAACUCUUAGACUACACAAAUAGGAAUUUGAGCAAACUCGACAAACCAUUCAAGUAUUGUGUGAGCUGCAUCAUCUAAUAAAAUAAUGAUUCAAAAUUUACAGUUGCACUUGGUGCUAGUUUUGAUACAAACACUGAUGGUAUAUGCAGUGCAUAAAGAGAAAUUAAUGACAUUGUAAUUAUUAUAUCUGUAUUUGCAAUGUUAAUAUGAUUAUUAUUAUGCAUUUUAUGUCAAUUUAAAAUAUAU